UGAAAACGCUAAAAAAAGCUGUACGGAUCACGCCCUAAGUAUUCGCCAUCCACUCAGCCAGCUGGGUCCUCAGAGGCGGCGGGCCACUCAUUCCUCCACUGUGACCUGACGGCGGACCAUCAGGCUGGCCGGCUGUGGUGGUGUCCCGCUCAGUGCCGGUGCCGUUGAUGCAUUUUUUUCGUCGGUUGGCAACUUUUUGCGAUUUGCGGGAAACAGCUCUUUUGUCGACAUCUCCCCGCUGCAGCCAACCCUUCCCGUAGCCUGAUCACGGCCAAACCCGGGCAUGAGAUAGUUCCAAGUCGUGCGGUUUCUCUGACGUUGUUUUGGUCCCAUCAAAUGCCCGCUUCGUCGAGAUAUCCGCCCCCGUAUCCCCUCGAUAGGCGUGGCUGCUGUGACAGUGACCAUGACUACUAUGAUGACCGACUCUGGCACCGCGUCUGAUUCUGGUGCGGGACUUGUUGAUUCAACACGAAACGACACCACCACCACCACCACCACCACCACCACUCCCGGUGACAACGACGCCGACGACGACAACACCAACGGCACUACUACUGGUCAUCACGACAACAACGAGACAGACAACAACAGCAAAAGUUACAGCAGCACCCACCAUGUCCCCGCCAUCGAUAAUACCUCGACGACCAACGCCAACGACAACGAAGAUGCUGCUGGCUUCCUCGACCGCGACCAGUCGCCCUUGUCGUCCAUCUCGUCCCCGCUGAGCGAACCCGACAACUUUGAGUUUGAUACCGAACCGAUUCCAUCCAUCCUAUCACCAAAGUCUACGACAAGCGAUAAUCAUGCCCGCGACGGAGAGACACCCGAGCUCGACGAAGAUGGACAACCACCGGCCAAGCGACGCCGAGUGCGCGAGACAACACCUCACAAUCACUCGCGCAAACCGAAACCAGAGUCACCACCAUGGAAGAAGUUUGAGGCCGAGGGUCCGACUACCAUCAUCACCGAAGACGGUCGUCGCAAGUCUGGCCGCGUCAAUCCCGUCUUGCUAGGCAUGAAACCCAGCGACAAAAAGGUUACGCGGAAAGCUAUCCAAACAAGUCCUGUCAGCAACAAAAGUAGUGCCAGUACGUCCAGGAAGCCAGCGCCAGCAAGCAGCAGCAACAGCAAACAUGCUCCCGCAAAGAUGCCGCCCCCGCCGCCGCCGCCGAAAGCUCCCGCGCGCAAGUCUGCCACGACUCAUGAAACCAGACCCUCCGCGUCCCGAUCCCGUCGACGAUCUCCAUCUCCUCGACGUCCUGCUACACCACCGAAACCCGCCGCUGUCGGUACGCGUCGGUCAACGCGCCAAGCCCUAGCCCAUUCUCGAGCAUCCUACGAUGAUGGCCAGCUCUCUCCCGGUGCCUCGCGCGCCACUCCCCGUAUCAAGCUCAAAGUUCGACCCCCGUUGACCGUAAUACCUCUUGUUCAUCCAAACCAAGCCAAUGUUCGUCCAAAGCUUGGGCCGACCUUUGAGGAAUACUUUGCGCGCGCUCAUGAAAUACCGGUUGAGGAGGGUGGGCAGCACAUUCCCGAUGAAGAGCCCAAAUACACAGACGAGAUGGCCCUCCAAGACGCCAAGGUCAUUCUACGGGUUGAAAAGGAGGUUGAGCCAGGGGGCUUGCUCGCCCCUGAUAGGUGUUCGGCUUUCGAGCCUGAAGCCGAGGAGGAACCGCCUCGACAGUGGGCUCACCUUGACCAUCUCACAAAGGCCAUGACCAACUUCCGCAAGUUGAUGUAUAGAGAGCAGCAGUUGCAUAUGCAGGCAGCCAAGCGCAUCGCCAUUGCAUGCGAAGCCGAGUGGAGGCGCCGAAACCCACAGCCCAAGACUGCCGAAGAAAUCGAGCUGGAGGAGAUGGAAGCGUCCAAGGCCAAAUGGCGCCAGGUUAUCAGGGCCUUUGCUGGAACAUGGGAGAAUGUCAGAGUCGAGGUCAAUAGGCGCCGCUUGGUGGAAUGGGAGGCGGAGGAACAGCGCCGUGUCAAGGCCGCGCUGAAUCAAGCAGUCAAUCUUUCGGAACAAAAGCUACAGCAACGACAAGCGCAAGUGGACGGGGACGAAAUCACAGACGAGGAUGAGGACGAGGACGACGAAGACCUGGCAAGUGGCAUGCCGUCAGUAAUGGGCGACGAGAAGGAAAGUGACGAGCACUCCGACCAAGGAUCCGAUGAGAUGUCCGACGAAAAUGACGAAGAUGAAGACGAGGAUAACAUGUCCUCCUCCGAGGACGACGAUAAGAAAUCGACCGCCUCGGACGAGGGCCUGACUCAGGAAGAAUUGCGUGCAAAAUACGCCAACCUACCCACAUUGGGCACGACCGAUGAAACUGAAGAAACAACAAAAGACGUGGAAAUGGCUGAUGCUCCCGCUGCUAUGGAUGGUAGCGUUGCGAAUGAUGACGAUACAAGCGAUGAGUCGGUAGACAUGGACGACGACCUUGGAUCUAGCGAGGAGUCAGACGACGACGAGGAGGAGGAAGAAGACGAUGAGGAAGAGGAAGAGUCCGAUGAUGAACCUGCUGGCUUGCUAGGGCUAUUCUUUGGAAAGUCAGAGUUGAAGAAGUUGAAGGAAGAGGCUGUAACUGAGGAGCCGUCGGUUGAACCCGCUGGGGAUGUGGAGAUGACUGAUGCUUCGGCGGCCCUUCGUCCCGAGCUCCAAGUUAAUGGUCAUGCGCAUGAGGCCCCGAUAACUAAUGGUACUCACACUAAUGAGCAGUUGGCAUCAUCUCAAACUGAGGGUGCAGACGAUGAAGUGUCGUUACUGGUUAUACCCAACGACGAAAUAGCAGCAGAAAAUACUCAAACCGCAGCAGAGCCGGGCAGCGGAGUGGUGGAGAAGGACUUCCUGACCAAUGAUAGUUCCUUGAAGUAUCCUAAUGAGAUUGUACAGUCCGAAAACCAGACACUUCCGGCCAAGGAGUCGGUUGAAGCUGGAGGCGACCUGCCAAUGGUUGAUGCCCCAUCCACAGACGAUUUACAAAGGGAAACAGCCGCGGCGCCGUCGUUGGAGGCACCACCCAACACCCGACAUGAUAGUCAGGAAACGGUGGCGGCUACUGACAUGCAGAGCCAGUCACAAACACAGUCACCAAAAACAACUGAUACCAAGCCCACCGACGUCGACACUCCCCAUUCAGAGCUGGCCGUCAGCGUGCAAAAGCCAGAUAGCCGCCAAUCCUCACCUCAGCCAACAACACCAACAGUCAAGACCGAAAUCCCGUUUCUCUUACGUGGAACACUGCGUGAGUAUCAACAUCAUGGUCUGGACUGGCUUGCUGGGCUGUAUGCCAACAACACCAAUGGUAUCCUGGCCGACGAGAUGGGUUUGGGAAAGACCAUCCAGACGAUUGCUCUGCUGGCGCACCUCGCCUGUCAUCAUGAAGUUUGGGGCCCCCAUCUGGUUAUUGUGCCUACGAGUGUUAUGCUCAACUGGGAAAUGGAGUUCAAGAAGUGGUGUCCUGGAUUCAAGAUCCUUACGUACUACGGCAACCAGGAAGAGCGAAAGCGAAAGCGCCAGGGAUGGAACAACGACGAUGUGUGGAACGUCUGCAUCACCUCCUACCAAAUGGUCCUUCAGGACCAACAGGUGUUUAGGCGAAGACGGUGGCAUUACAUGAUCCUCGACGAGGCUCACAACAUCAAGAAUUUCAAGUCGCAGCGCUGGCAAACCCUGCUCGGCUUCAACACGCAAGCUCGGUUACUUUUGACAGGUACUCCGUUACAGAACAACCUGACCGAGCUGUGGUCGCUUCUUUACUUCUUGGCGCCACCCGAGAACGGCGAAGGCGGGUUCGUUGACCUCACCGAAUUCCAUAACUGGUUCGCUAGGCCCGAAUCUCAGAUCUUGGAAAGCGGGCGUGAACAGCUGGACGACGAGGCGCGUGCUAUCAUUGCCAAGCUGCACAAGGUCCUUCGACCCUACCUUCUCCGUCGACUCAAGGCCGAUGUCGAGAAACAGAUGCCGGCAAAGUAUGAACACGUCGAGUUCUGCCGCCUCUCCAAACGUCAGCGAGAGUUGUAUGAUGGGUUCCUCUCCCGUGCCGAUACACGCGAGACGCUGCAGUCGGGUAACUACAUGUCCAUCAUUAACUGUUUGAUGCAGCUCCGAAAGGUCUGCAACCAUCCCGAUCUCUUUGUGGACCGGCCCAUCAUGACCUCGUUCCGCAUGUCGCGGUCAGUACCGGCCGACUACGAGUGGAAAGAAAAGUUCAUUCGGAACAGGCUGUUGGCUACGAAGCCCAUGACCACUGUCAAUUUGAGCUUCCUCAACAUGAUUCCGACCGAGUACGAAGAUCUGUCCAAGACACACACCGACCGCAUCGCCCAGCUCAGCUCCCAUCGUAUCUUGCUCGACCUGAGGGAGGCCCAGAAGGUGCGCGCCAACAACGCCUACACCGCGCUGGACCCUUCCUCUGUCAAGUCCAACCUUGUGUAUCUUGAAAGUGCCGCCAGGUGGGGUCGGUUCGAAGAGCUGCAGCACUGUGUAUACAUCAAUGCCCUCCGUCGCCAACAACGACCCAUUUAUGGAAAGCGUCUAACCGAGUUCCUCACCCUUGAUACCCAUCUCCGACCAUACAAACCCCGACCUAGAGUGCCGGCUAAGAUCAUGUCCUGGUUCGAAGAGGAUUCCUUCCUGCUACACAACGCCAUCCCAACGCUCCAGCAACGCGCCGAAUCCAUGGAAAUGACCAUCACCAAGUUCGCCUGCGUCACUCCCGCGGUCGUGACGGGCCCCGAAAUGAACCGCUUCCUCCUCGGCGAACGAGGCAUCCAACUCUUUGAGGACCUCGACCUCAAGCUCUCCGCUCCCGUGAAAUACGCUCCCUACAUGCCACCCCAACCUCCACCGGACCCCUGGCACGAGGCCCGCAUGCGCCUGACCAUCCAGUUCCCCGACAAGCGUCUCCUCCAAUACGACUGCGGCAAGCUCCAAGCGCUCGACAAGCUUCUACGCAAACUCCAGGCGGGCGGCCACCGCGCUCUGAUCUUCACGCAAAUGACCAAAGUCCUCGACAUCCUCGAACAGUUCCUCAACAUCCACGGACACAAGUACCUCCGUCUCGACGGCGCCACCAAGGUCGAACAGCGACAGAUCCUCACAGACCGAUUCAACCACGACCCGCGCAUCCUCUGCUUUAUCCUGUCCACCCGCUCCGGCGGUCUCGGCAUCAACCUCACGGGCGCCGACACAGUCAUCUUCUACGACCAGGACUGGAACCCAGCCAUGGACAAACAAUGUCAAGACCGCUGCCAUCGUAUCGGUCAGACGCGCGACGUACACAUUUACCGACUAGUAUCAGAACACACCAUCGAAGCGAACAUUCUCCGCAAAGCUAGUCAAAAACAAAUGUUGGACGACGUGGUCAUCCAGGAAGGAGAGUUCACCACCGAUUACUUCAAUCGGUUGUCGGUGCGAGACGUACUAGGGUCCAAUGGCGAGGUGAUCGCCAGCAACGAAGACGACGUGGCCGCCAACCUCGCCAUGGAUCGCGUGCUAGGUGGACCGUCGACUACCGGCGCAGGAGGCUACGACGGCACUGCCGACGGCGGCGGCGGUGCAUCCCAACCCCCUGUGCGAAACGUGGGCAGGGUCCUAGAGAUGGCAGAAGACAGAGAGGAUGUCGACGCUGCCAAGGCAGCAGAAAAGGAAAUCAUGCAGGACGAAGCAGAUUUUGGCGAGGCGGGAAGUACGCGCCCGGGAACGCCGGGUGAUGGGCUGGCGGAUUUGGAUGGUCAACUUUUGGGAGGAGAAGAGAAUAAGGAGGUAGAGGAUGAGGUGAUUGAGUAUAAUGCGUGGGGCGAGAGGAUGCAUACUAUUGAUGAGUACAUGCUGGGGUUCAUGGCCAAGGCGUUGGAAGGGACGCCGUUGGAGUUACCGCGGGACCGCAAGAAGGGAAGGGAUAGGAAUAGGAAUCGGAAGGGGAAGGAUAGCAGGAAGAGGUGAUUGAUUGACUGGGGAAAGCCAAAAGGAAAAAGGAUUGUGUGUGUGUGUAUUAUACUAGACGUUUAUACCAUAUCGACUGUUGGCGAGAAGGUAGAAUGGAAGAUUACAUGAUUGUCUCUAGACCUGGCGUAGGUAGCCACUGCAGAGUCCCG